GGCCGCCGCCUCCCUCGCGCGCUCACACGCGCUCUCCGUGGUCCCGUUCUCCUGCAGCCUGCGGCCGCGCGUCGCACCUGUCACUCCCUGCCCGGCCGCAGAGGCGGCUUUGGGAUUCCGGGACCUUACCCCCAGCCUCCGCGCCCCCCAGCUCUGGUCUUCCCUGGAUUGACCGACGGGGCCGGGUCGCCAGGCGCUUUGGAAACUUUGGGCAGCAGCUGCAGAAGCAAGUUUCUGAUGAAGCGAGCGGUGGCGGCGGAGUGUGGAUGCUUCUCUCCGGGAUGGAGACCCGGGCGCUCCUGCUGUCACGCUGCAAAGGGAAUUGAGCAGAAGGAAUUUUGAGUUGUGGCCCCUCGGGUACAGGCUGGGGAGAGGGUGGCCUUUGUUCCGGCGGCCUUAACAGCGGAGUGGAAGAGCUGAGAUGCUGCAGUUUGUCAGUAAUCAAGUGGGAGAAUUCCCGGACUUGUUUUCAGAGCAGCUGUGUAGCUCCUUCCCUGGCAGUGGUGGCAGUGGCAGCAGCGGUGGCACCAAUGGCAGGGGCAGCAGCAACGGAGCUGUGGAGUCCCCGAUGCAGCGCUCAUUCAGCCAGGUCCCUUUACCUUCUUUCUCUCCCUCGGCCGCCUCCCCCCAGGCCCCAGCCCUGCAGGUCAAGGCCCCUCCCACCUCAGUUCCCACCCCACCGAGAGCAACUCCUAUUCUUCAGCCCCGCCCCCAGCCCCAACCUCAACCUCAAGCUCAGCUGCAACAGCAGACAGUAAUGAUCACGCCAACAUUCAGCACCGCGCCGCAGACAAGGAUCAUCCAGCAGCCUUUGAUAUACCAGAAUGCAGCUACCAGCUUUCAAGUCCUUCAGCCUCAAGUCCAAAGCCUGGUGACAUCCUCCCAGGUACAGCCGGUCACCAUCCAGCAGCAGGUGCAGACGGUACAGGCCCAGCGGGUGCUGACACAAACGGCCAAUGGCACACUGCAGACCCUUGCCCCAGCCACAGUGCAGACUGUUGCCGCACCACAGGUGCAGCAGGUCCCGGUCCUAGUACAGCCUCAGAUCAUCAAGACAGAUUCCCUUGUUUUGACCACACUGAAGACAGAUGGCAGCCCUGUCAUGGCUGCAGUCCAGAACCCAGCCCUCACUGCCCUCACCACCCCUAUCCAGACGGCUGCCCUUCAAGUACCAACCCUGGUUGGCAGCAAUGGGACUAUUCUGACCACAAUGCCUGUGAUGAUGGGACAAGAGAAAGUGCCCAUUAAGCAGGUACCUGGGGGAGUCAAGCAGCUCGAGCCUCCCAAAGAAGGAGAAAGGCGGACGACACACAAUAUUAUUGAGAAACGAUAUCGCUCCUCCAUCAAUGACAAAAUUAUUGAAUUGAAAGACUUGGUCAUGGGGACAGAUGCUAAGAUGCACAAGUCUGGUGUUCUGAGGAAGGCCAUUGAUUAUAUCAAAUACUUACAGCAGGUUAAUCAUAAACUGCGCCAGGAGAACAUGGUGCUGAAGCUGGCAAAUCAGAAAAACAAGCUCCUGAAGGGCAUCGACCUAGGCAGUCUGGUGGACAAUGAGGUGGACCUGAAGAUCGAGGACUUUAAUCAGAAUGUCCUUCUGAUGUCUCCCCCAGCCUCUGACUCUGGGUCCCAGGCUGGCUUCUCCCCCUAUUCCAUCGACUCUGAGCCAGGAAGCCCUCUGUUGGAUGAUGCAAAGGUCAAAGAUGAGCCAGACUCUCCUCCUGUGGCGCUGGGCAUGGUGGACCGUUCGCGAAUUCUGCUGUGUGUCCUCACCUUCCUGUGCCUCUCUUUUAAUCCUCUGACUUCCCUGCUGCAAUGGGGAGGGGCCCACGACUCUGACCAGCAUCCACAUUCAGGCUCUGGCCGCAGCGUACUGUCAUUGGAGUCAGGUUCCGGGGGCUGGUUUGACUGGAUGGUGCCAACUCUUCUCUUAUGGCUGGUCAAUGGUGUGAUUGUCCUGAGCGUCUUUGUGAAGCUGCUGGUCCAUGGAGAGCCAGUGAUCCGGCCACACUCGCGCUCCUCAGUCACCUUCUGGAGGCACCGGAAACAGGCAGACCUGGAUCUCACCAGGGGAGAUUUUGCAGCUGCUGCCACCAACCUACAAACUUGCCUGGCUGUUUUGGGCCGGGCACUGCCCACCUCCCGCCUGGACCUGGCCUGCAGCCUCUCCUGGAACGUGAUUCGCUAUAGCCUGCAGAAGCUUCGUCUGGUGCGCUGGCUGCUCAAGAAAGUCUUCCAGCGCCGGUGGGCCACCCCAGCCACCGCAGCAGGCUUUGAGGACGAAGCUAAGACCAGCGCUCGAGACGCAGCCCUGGCCUAUCACAGGCUGCACCAGUUGCACAUCACAGGGAAGCUUCCUGUGGGAUCUGCAUGUUCUGAUGUACACAUGGCCUUGUGUGCUGUGAACCUGGCUGAAUGUGCAGAGGAGAAAAUCCCACCAAGCACACUGGUUGAGAUCCAUCUGACUGCUGCCAUGGGGCUCAAGACCCGAUGUGGAGGCAAGCUGGGCUUCCUGGCCAGCUACUUCCUAAGUCGAGCCCAGAGCCUGUGUGGUUCCGAGCACAGUGCAGUCCCUGACUCCUUGCGCUGGCUCUGCCACCCCCUGGGCCAGAAGUUCUUCAUGGAGCGGAGCUGGUCAGUGAAGUCGGCUGCCAAGGAGAGUCUGUACUGUGCCCAGAGGAACCCAGCUGACCCCAUUGCUCAAGUCCACCAGGCCUUCUGUAAGAACCUGCUAGAGCGAGCUGUGGAGUCCUUGGUGAAACCUCAGGCCAAGAAGAAGGCUGGCGACCCAGAAGAAGAGAACUGUGAAUUUUCCAGUGCUCUGGAGUACCUGAAAUUACUUCAUUCUUUUGUGGAUUCUGUGGGGAUUGUGACUUCCCCACUCUCCAGCAGCUCCGUGCUCAAGUCUGCCCUUGGUCCAGACAUCAUCUGUCGGUGGUGGACGUCUGCAAUCACUAUGGCCAUCAGCUGGCUCCAGGGAGACGACGCAGCUGUGCGCUCUCAUUUUACCAAAGUCGAGCGUGUCCCCAAGGCCCUGGAAGUGACCGAGAGCCCCCUGGUGAAGGCCGUCUUCCGUGCCUGCAGAGCCAUGCAUGCCUCGCUCUCUGGGAAAGCAGAUGGGCAGCAGAGCUCCUUCUGCCAUUGCGAGAGGGCCAGCGGUCACCUGUGGAGCAGCCUUAAUGUCAGCGGGGCCACCUCUGACCCCACCCUCAACCAUGUGGUCCAGCUGCUCACCUGUGACCUGCUACUGUCUCUGCGGACAGCACUCUGGCAAAAGCAGGCAGGUGCCAGCCAGGCCCUGGGCGAGACCUACCAUGCAUCAGGCGCUGAGCUGGCCGGCUUCCAGAGGGAUCUGGGCAGCCUGCGCAGGCUGGCACACAGCUUCCGCCCAGCAUACCGCAAGGUGUUCCUGCACGAAGCCACUGUGCGCCUGAUGGCAGGAGCCAGCCCCACCCGCACCCACCAGCUGCUGGAGCACAGCCUACGGCGGCGCACCCCUCAGAACACCAAGCACGGAGAGGUGGACGCCUGGCCCGGCCAGCGAGAGCGGGCCACUGCCAUCCUGCUGGCCUGCCGCCACCUUCCCCUCUCCUUCCUCUCCUCUCCGGGCCAGCGGGCAGUGCUGCUGGCUGAGGCUGCCCGCACCCUGGAGAAGGUGGGUGACCGGCGCUCCUGCAACGACUGCCAGCAGAUGAUUGUCAAGCUGGGUGGUGGCACUGCCAUCGCCGCCUCCUGACCACCGGGCUCAGCCCACCUCCUUCCACCUCUGUCUCUCAGUCUCUCUCUCCCCAAGGAUCUUCCCUGUCUCUCAGUCUCUCUCCCAGCUUCUUCCCUCUGUCUCAGUCUCUCUCUCUCUCUCACUUUUUCUCUCUCAAUAUCUUCCUUCCGUUCCGUCUCAGUCUCUCUCCCUCUCCCUCUCUCUCAGGAUCCUCCCCCUAAGACUGUGGGAUGAGCCUCGAGUUCCACACUCAACUGCUGAGGCUUCUGGACCACCUCAGGCCAGUGGGCCCCUGGGCAGAGCCCUUAAACCUGCUGUCACUAGAUGCCUGUGGUCCACGGCCCGGUGGGCCUGAGAGGAAAAUCAGCAGGCAGAAUUCGGGGGUACCCCUGACUUGAAAGCAGCAGGGGGAGCUCCCAAGCCCCUGCCCCCAGCCCUCUUGAGUUUUUCUCUCCUCUGAACAUCUCUCUCCCCUUUUUGCUUCUUCAUUUCCUAUCAGGCUUAAUCUCUGGGGGACAUAGGUCUCUGGGCACCAGAGAGCAAUUUGCCCUCACUACUGUGCCCAGCAUGCCCCUCCCCCCUUUUUAUACGAAUGUUUUUAUACCAGUGUGCUUGGGUUUGCCAUGAUGCAGGGCUAAGUUGCUGUAGCAUCUUUGUGUCUCUCCCUGGGUCUGUGUUCCUUCCCCCAUGCCUGACUAAGCCAGUGUAUUGUUUUCGCUUUAUUCCACAGGAUAGCCAGGGAUGGAGGGGAGCCCAGCCCCAGGGAGGCGGGUGCGAGACAGGGGCAGGCCUGGGGAUGGAUGAAAUAAUGUCGGCAUUAUUUUUUAAUUUUUUAAAAAAUAAAUGGUAUCUUAUUUAAUUGUCCUGUUCCUUCCCACUCCCCGCCUCCUAGGAUGUCAGCCCAAGUUUCAGGGUAGGCCUGGGGGCUGGGAAAGAUGAAGCCACCCACUGGGCCUGGGAGCCAGGGACCUUCCGUGUGGUUUCUCGGUUUCCUCCUACCCCUUCCCUAACUCCUACCUCUGCAGUACAGACUGUCCCCGACUUAACAGUGGUUCAGCUUAGUUUAUCGACUUUACAAUGGGUUUAUUGGGGUAUUAAAUGUACUUUUGACUGAUAAAUAUUUCCAUUUAUGAUGAGUUUAUCAAGACAUAACCCCAUGCUGAGUCGAGGAGAACCUGUAUAUUUUUAUCCCUAAUUCUUGACCUGAAAAUAAGCCAGUGGCAGGGACCAGCCCUCAACCCUCCCCAGCAACAAGCCCCUCUUUUUGGGGUGGGCAAAGGGUUGCCCAUGAUGGGCACUAGAAAUGAGGUCCUCUGCCUUAAUGGGGGUCCUAGGAGAAAAAGUGGCCCCACUUUUCUGGAUCCCCUGGUUUGGUGCCUCCCUAGAGGCUGUUUCUCCCAGGGGCUCCUGGGAGACAGAGAGACCCUCCCUCCCGUGCUUAUCCCCUCAGGCAGGUUGGAGCAAGGGUGCAGGAGCUCCACCACAGAUGGGGGGUGCACAGCCAGGGUCCCCUUGAUGCCGAGUGCUGGCUGGAAUGGGUCAGCUCUACGUUGGGCCUGCCCCUGGGGUAUGCUUGGACCUGCUUUCUUUAUCUCCUCCCCUCCCCCCACUUUCACUGUAUUUAUAGACCCUGCCCGGCACAUGUGUCAUGUGUGUAUACUGUGCCUUUUCUCGGUAUUGUUUAGGGGUGGGAAGGGCUUUUCACUGAAAAAGGGGAUACACCUAUGGCUUCCUUGAUGUUGAGUCAUUCAUCGUGUCCCGGAUAUAGGUUAUUCAAUAAACACAGACUGGUACCACCCAG